AUGUACCCUCAUCCAUUCCAAAUCGAGUUUGGCGACGGCACCUCCGACGCCCGCGGCCCCGCCCCCGCCGCCCCCCGCGACGGCCGCCAGACCAUCGCCUGGUGGCAGGGCCGACAGCAGGAGAUCAACAAGAAGCUGGAGAGCCGCAAGACGGGCGGCACAGGCAUCGUCGGCCGCUCGCCGGGCGGCACCAACGUGAUCGUGCCGAAGGGGCUGCUGGGGGCCAACGGGAACGGGCGGGGGAAGGCGGCGGGCAGCGCGGCGGCGAGCAUUGAGGAGGAUUCAGGGGACGAGGAGGAGGGCGCGGCGGCGGGGGCCAACGGCAACGGCAACGGCAGGGGGGCGAAAGGCAAGGCGGGGGCCAAGGUGAAGGACCUGCUCAACGUGUUUGGCGGGCGCCGGUAG